CAAGAGACACCUGUGACAUGCACUUGAGGAGGCAUCCUGUUAAGGAGACAUAAAGACAUCUCCCUCAGAGACUGUCCAGAAGGUAAAGGAGGAUAAGGAGAGGUUAGGGGACUUCUGUCUUGUAUGAUAACGAGAGAGGCAUCACCAGUCUCUAAGUGACAGCUAGCUUCAACUGAGAAAAGAUAAAAAAAUAAAUAAAACAAACACCUAAGAGUACAAGAGGUAUUGGAGAGGUUGUGGGGGCAGUACAGAGUUACUCAUGUCGUAGAAAAGGAGCCGAGAGACAUCCUGCCAAGACAUUGAAGACUACAGAAAGAGGGGAUGUAAGUGCAGCUACCUCAGUUCCUUUCUUCAACCAUCCAUCCAUCGUCAGCUUAGUAACAAGAGAUAUAUAAAGGCGAGGAGCUUUAGUGUAAACAGAAGGACAAAGAAAAAAGACAAAGACUCUGAGACAGGUCGAGACUUUUGAGAAACCAGGAGACUGCAACAUCUACUUUGAAGAAGGAGAGAGACGUAUCCUGUGCCUCGAAAGGGUCGUCACUCGAAAAGAGGCUAACCAGUCAAUAUCUUAACGUUAACGUCUGGUAUGCAGAAGUACCCCAUGAUUCCAUUUCAACCCUUCAAAGUGGACACAUGCAAUAUACUUUGACAUCUUCCUCAGCCUUUGGGCAAUGAAUUCCGAGUCGGGAACUCUUCAUCCCUCUCCAGGGAGCUCCAUCCACCAGUCACCGAGUGGUUCCAUCAACCAAUUCCCAGGGGGAUCCUUAAACCAGUUUCUUAUAAGCGCUGCCCAUUCCUCUUCCUCUGGGUCAAUCAGUUCUGGAGAUGUGGGACGCGUACUCUCCUCCAAUGUCCGACGGCUUCAUGGUGCCCUGACUCGACUACUCAGUGACCAAGAACGGGAGCAGCUUCUACAUUGUCUGCGGCUUUACCAUUCUCGCAGAAAUGUGUAUGAUCUGGUGAGGACACUGCGCCUUAUACUACGUCCCCAGGACCAAAGACAGCUAUUUCCAAUGCUACGCCUUGUCAUCCCACGUUCCGACCAACUACUAUUUGAUCAGUAUACCUCGGAGGGUCUUUAUAUUAAGGAUUUGCCUAGUAGGCCUUCUGGUUAUAGUGGUGGACUGUCUGACGUGGUUUCAGGAUUCAGCACACCAUUAUCAGGGACAGCUCCGGCCUUCAGCAACCCUAUGCCUGGGACAGCUCCUGCCUUUAGUAUUCCAAUAUCAGGGACAUCCCCUGCCGGCUACGGUAUUUCAGUACCAGGGACAGUUCCUCCCCUGAGAAUUCCAGUACCAACUUCAGGCGUAGCACCGAUAUUUAAUGCUCAAGGUCUUGGAAACAGUCUAACACCUGGAGCUCCAUAUCCAGGCAUACCCACUGGUUUAAAUAACUCCACUUCUGAGGUCAGUAAUAGUGAAGUCCGUCAGGUGAUACUGAAAAGGAACAGGAGCCAAGAAGGGCUUGGAUUUAGUAUCCGUGGUGGUGUCGAGCAUGGAAUUGGCAUCUAUGUGUCACUAGUAGAACCUGGUUCUUUGGCUGAACAAGAAGGAUUAAAGGUGGGCGACCAGAUACUAAAAGCCAACGGUCGAUCUUUGGACAAAGUGAGCCAUGGAGAAGCAGUAAAGGCACUGCGGGGCUCUCAAAAGUUGGUACUGUCUGUGCUGUCUUCGGGACGUGUUCCAGGAGGGCAUGUAUCAAGUCAUAUUUACACUUGGGUUGAUUCACAGGGACGCAGUGUAUCUCCUCCUGGAGGACCUACACACCUUCAAAGCCCCUCGCUGGCGGGCCAGGAGAAAGAAAAGAGGAGCAACUUACAGCUGCUACAGGAUGGAGAUGAGAGGAAGGUGAACUUGGUUUUGAGGGAAGGAAGUUCCCUUGGGUUGCUGAUUCGAGGAGGUGCUGAGUAUUCUCUUGGGAUUUACAUCACAGGCGUUGACUACGGCUCAGAAGCUGAAAGUGCUGGUCUAAAGGUGGGAGAUCAGAUACUGGAUGUGAAUGGCCUCAGCUUCCUCUCCAUACCACAUGAUGAUGCUGUACGUAUCCUUCGUUCUUCACGCCACCUUAUGAUGACUGUCCGGGAUGUGGGUCGUGUCCCACACGCUCGUACCAUUGUGGAUGAAACGCAGUGGCUCAGCAGUUCCUACACUGGAAAUGGAGAACCACUUCCAUCAACUGGGGCUCUCUUUAACCACUCUGAGAACCAGACAAAGCCAUUAUUCUAUCGUGGCCCGACUGGUUCACAAGUGACUCUGAGCAGUCUAGGAAACCAGAACUUGGCUCUCUUGGAGGAGAGGGCCCGACUACUCCUGACCGAGCCCGAGAGAAGUACCAUGUCCUACUACCUGCAGCAAUACAAAGAGCGACAUAUCCCAGUGCAAGCUCUGGUCAUGGCUAUGUUUGAGCUACUCAACACCCAAGCUAAGUUUUCCCUUUUGUCUGAGCUGCGGUCCCAGGUCACCCCACAAGAUCUGGUUGUGUUUGAUAACAUGGUGUUGAAGAGGGAGAUUGAGUCAAUGAAAUCUCGCCACCGAUCAGGGGACACCAUCUCUGUCCUGUCUCAGAGCCCAAGCACUUCAUCCACAGAGAGUCACCAAACAGUCAGCACCGCCAGGGAACGUCUCUUGUGGCUACUGGAUGUCAUGGAGAAUGGGAAGGAUCCGGAGGGAAAUACAGUCUCUGGAAGCCUCACUCCAACCACUCUGCCUGAUAUCUCUUUGGAUGAUGUUUCCUCGUUUCUUGAAGAACCCCCGAAUUCCCAGCCACUUCAACCUCCUCCUCCACCCACAGAAGACCACCCAAUUCAGCGGCGGCCUCAUGCUGGAGAAAGAGCACAGCGCCCCUCCUCUGGUUCAUCUCAGUCAGGGCUGUUCUUCACUGUACCCCCCAAUACUAGCCCAACACUACCCCCACUGACUCCACCUCCCCUAUCCUCCCAGACACAGAACUCGAAUGAAGCGAUUUACGCCACCAUCUCUCCCAAGUUUAAGAACCCUACACUACCUGCAGCCCAGCUGGCUCUGGUCACGCAGCUACCCCUCACACCAUUUCCAAGGGUGCAGUCACCUGCUAGGUUAAAGGUUGAGCCUGAGAACUCCCCACCAUCUCCUUCACCAACCCAUGCGGCCGCUGCAGAUUGCCAGACCACUCAACACUUCGUUAUGGUGGAGGUUCAUCGCCCCAACAGUGAACCAGAUGUUAAUGAAAUCCGAGCUCUACCACAAACACGAGCCGCCCUGCCACUCUCCCCCCCAGCCUCCCUCUCCCAGUUCUCUGACAGUGGGCAGACCCUCAGUGAAGACAGUGGAGUAGACACAGGAGAUGUUGGAGGGGGCAGCAAAGAUAGCAGCCCACAGCCCCUGAAAUUGAAAGGCUCUGAGGGAAUGACAAAACCGCCAGGUUUGCUGGAGCCAACGGCCACCCUAGUCCGUGUAAUGAAAAGUGCACCAACCCUAGGAAUAGCCAUUGAAGGAGGAGCCAAGACACGACAACCACUGCCACGUAUAGUUACAAUACAGCGAGGAGGUUCUGCUCACAACUGCAGCAAGCUAAAGGUGGGACAGGUUAUCCUUGAAGUAAAUGGGAUCUCCUUACAGGGGAAGGAACAUCGUGACGCAGCCAGAAUAAUCGCCGAAGCCUUUAAAAACAAAGACAAGGACCACAUGGACUUUCUGGUCACAGAGUUUAAUGUAUCACCAUAGUAAGUCUGUUUUGGUGACCAGAUCAGAUUGUGCCCCAGCCAAGGGGUCCGUGCCUCGAGAAACACUUACAACACGCUACUGUUCAUAUCAUGUAGCUGCCAUCUGUGUGCUCUCGCUACGUACGUGGUCCUGCUGUUCUAGCCUACGGCUUUUGUAGAACCGUAUAUACCGAGCAUAUGGUAUCAACGCAGAGCUGGGGUGAUGGAGGAGAAGGCACAGUAAGUGAUGGAGGGGGUCCCUACACAAAAGAUGAUAUAGAGGUAGAAAACCAAAUAAUAUCAUAUUAGCCAGAGGAAGAAACUAGGAGGGCAUCAGACCAUGCAGUAAAAAGUAUGAAACACCAAAGGACGGUAACAAAAAACAUUGUGGAAUGAUGGAUGAUGAAAUGUUGAUAGAUACGAUGAUAAGAGUGAACAGAGAUCUGGCUGCAUAGAUACAGAGAUACACAGAUAGAUGCAUGGUAGGAUACAUUCCCAGACUGAUAAAAUACAUAGAUGGAACACUAAAGCAAUAGCCGGUGGUUGCCAUCUAUGUAGAGUGUAGGGCAGACUCCAUCGCCUUGCUACGGCUCUGCACCUGGUUCUUUCUGCUUCCCAUAAAGCUUUAUUGGGGACUAGUGAGUUCCCCCCGCCCCAGUAAUCCAUUCUGCUGCAGAGUGUGCGUGACGUGCAGCCCACGCUGUGAACAUUAUGUGUAAAAUCAAUGUAAUUACAGAGCUCGCCACUUUACUUUUUCAAUAAACCUCAUGUAAAAGAUGA